CAGUAAUCUACUAAUUAUUUGAACAUCUCAUUUGAGCGUUUCUUUGAUUUAAUUCUUCGUAUUAUAUGAGCUUUGGUAUAACUAAAGGUAUAAACCUUAUUAUAUCACGCAGUUUAAUUAUAGAAAGAAGAAAUAUUACGCAUAUACUACGUCAAAUGUCAAAUUCGAACGGCAGGACUUUGGAUAAUUUAACAAAGUCUUUUAUUUUUAUUAAGCGUUUACCUGUUGAUGAAGCAACUUCUUCACCUGAAACCAUUCCGAUUGAGUCGCAAAGGAUCUCACGUACUGUUAAAAAGGCCGCCUUUACUUAUGUUGUUCCUGAGCCAGUAAAAGAACCUAAAUUACUCGCUAUAGCAGAAAAAGUUGCUAAAGAAAUAUUGGACUUAGAAAUAAAUAAUUGGUCUGAGGAACAAAAAGAGAAAUUCUUGGAAAUUGUCAGUGGAAAUCGAAUUGUUGAAGGAACUUUUCCCUGGUCUCACUGUUAUGGUGGGCAUCAAUUUGGAUUUUUUGUCGGGCAACUCGGAGACGGACGCGUAAUAUCUCUAUUUGAAACAAUUAAUUCCAAACAAGAAAGAUGGGAAUUGCAAUUAAAAGGCGUUGGAAAGACUCCGUUUUCUAGAGCAGCUGAUGGACUUGCUGUUUUGAGAUCAUCUGUUAGAGAAUUUCUCUGCUCGGAAGCGAUGGCUGCAUUGGGUGUCCCCACAUCAAGAGUUCUCUCAAUCGUGCACACACCAAAACGCAUGGUACAACGUGAAAUUCUCGAAACUGGUUCUAUUGUAUGCAGAUUAGCGCCAUCGUGGAUAAGAUUUGGAAGUUUUGAGAUAUUUUUUUAUCGAAUGGAAAGAAAACAAUCAAGAGCUUUAGCCGAUUUUGUUGUUGAAGAAGUUUACGGCUAUAAAGCCUUAGAAAAUACAGAUCAGAAAUAUGGAAAUCGUUAUGGUAGAUUAUUUAAUGAAAUUUCAAGACGAACGGCAAAGAUGGUUGCUUAUUGGCAGGCAGUUGGAUUUUGUCAUGGUGUCAUGAAUACGGAUAACAUGUCAAUUUUAGGGUUGACAAUUGAUUAUGGACCUUUCGGAUUUUUGGAUAUUUAUGAUCCAAAUUGGAUUUGUAACCAUUCAGACUAUGAGGGUAGAUAUUCAUUCAGAAAUCAGCCCACUGCCUGCAUUUGGAAUCUGCUAAAAUUGAGUCAUGCUUUUCAAGAAUUAAUUGGAGCUGAAAAUGAAGUAGAUAAACAGUGGUUCUUAGAUGGGAAUUAUCCCUUUGACAUUGAUGAGGAUAAACUUUUGAAGAAAAAUGAAAUUAUCCAGAGAGGCAAAGAAGUAAUUGAUUUGAUAUUGGGAGAAUUUCAAGAAGUAUUCUUGGAAGAAUAUGUGAAGAUAAUGAUAAAAAAAUUAGGAUUUAAAACAUCACAAUCAACAGAUUUAGAAAAUAUUAUUACUCCACUCCUUAAUCUUCUUGCAAAGCAUUUAGUUGAUUAUCAUCAUUUUUUCCGAUCAUUAUGCUCAUUCCGAACUACAUCAUCAAAUUACCCAUUAAAUUCCAUUCAAAAUCUCUUUAAAAGAUCACAUAAUUUAGAUCAAGCAUUGUCAGAUUUUAAUUCAUGGUUCGGAAUAUAUAAACAAAGAUUAUUAUCCGAAGAAUCAGAUGACAUUAGUAGAUCAAUUAAAAUGAAACAAAUUAAUCCUAAAUUUGUGUUGAGAAAUUGGGUUGCUGAGGAAGUAAUUGAAAGAGUUGAAAAAGGAGAUAAAGAAGUAUUGAAGAGAGUGUUAAGAAUGUGUGAAAACCCUUACAAAGAAUGGGGUGCAGAUGCUGGUGAAUUUCAGAAAGAAGAGGCAUAUUUUUGUGAUGAAGUUCCAAAUUGGGGUUUAGGAAUUCAAUGUUCUUGUAGUUCAUGAGAUUUGUUUUUUUUAUGCAUACACUCAUUUAUUAUUCAUUCAUUUAUUUAUUUAAAACACACUUUAACAAACUAAUGUUUUAUACUGAUAAAAUGUAUAUUAGUAUAUAAAAUAAUUAAUAAUCGAUAUUAUUUAGGCAUUAAAUUUUAAUAAAGUAUUAAAAGAUGAAAAUAAUAUAAGUAAUAUAAUGUAUUAAAU